CUGAAAUUGCUCGGCCUGCGCGGCAUAUCAUCACCUCUCUGUCUCUGUCUCGUUAGAGGACAGCAACAGCAAUGGUUGCGUUCUCCAUUCACACGCCCGUCCUCUGCAGCGCGGCUUUGCUGCUGCUGCACCUGUACCCGUGCGCCGGGCUCAGCCUGGACACUGUGAGGGACUUCCUGACGCGGGAGGAGGACACCAUUGUCUUCAGCCUCAUCGAGAGGGCCAGAUACCCGCUCAACCGGCCGGCCUACGACCCCGUCUACCUCGGCGCCGGCGCCGGCGCCGGCCGCCGCCUCAACGCCUCUUUCGCUGAGCUCUUCGUCCACGAGUCCGAGGCCGUCCAAUCCAAGGCAGGAAGGUACCGGAGCCUAGAAGAGAUUCCAUUCUUCGCUUACAGAGUUCCUUUCACACUGGCACCUCCAUAUAACUUCACAAGCGAGCUGUACCCCGCGGCCGCAUUCGUUAACGUGAAUGACGCCAUAUGGAGUGCAUACUUCAACGAUCUGCUCCCUGUGUUGGCCAAGAAUGGCGAUGACGGCAACUAUGCUGUAACUGUUGAUUCAGAUCUUUCAUGCCUGCAGGCGCUCUCGAGAAGGAUCAAUUAUGGCAGGUUUGUGGCAGAAGUGAAGUUCAGAGGCGACCAGCAGAGUUACAUCAGUUUAAUUCAGUCCAAGGACAGAGAUGCUCUGAUGAAACUAUUGACCUCUGAAGCCCAAGAAGAUGCAGUGAAGAGAAGGGUAGAGAAGAAGGCCAUGGUGUUUGGGCAAAGUAUAACAUUAGAUGGACCAACUGAAACUAGUGUCAACAACAGCAGUCAGGCCAACUUCAAGGUUGAUCCUUCGAUUGUUUACAAACUGUAUGACCAAUGGGUGAUUCCGUUAACUAAACAAGUGGAGGUCGAGUACCUUCUCCACCGUCUUGAUUGAAUCAAGUGUGCAUCCAGCUAACCUAUUUGCACACAAUUGUAAUCGAUUGUUAUUACACCAGAAGCAUGCGGCAAUAAGAAACAUGCAGCAAGUCCGCAGAAUUGUACACCACGUGAUUUGUUCAACUUUUUACUAUUAUUUAUAACAUAUAUUGAUUUGCAUCA